AAGAGAAAGAAAAUGUCGAAAACGCUGGUGCAACCGAUAGGGCAAAAGCGGCUGACGAACGUGGCCAUCGUGCGUUUGAAGAAACACGGCAUGCGAUUCGAAAUCGCUUGCUACAAGAACAAAGUCCUCUCCUGGCGUUCUCGGGUAGAGAAGGAUUUGGACGAAGUGUUACAAUCCCAUACGGUUUACUCAAAUGUCUCGAAAGGGGUUCUUGCUAAGACCAAAGAUUUGAUUGCUGCUUUUGGUACUGAUGAUCAGACUAAAAUUUGUUUGGAGAUUCUGGAGAAAGGGGAGCUGCAAAUUGCUGGGAAGGAAAGGGAAUCACAAUUUUCAAGUCAAUUUCGGGAUAUUGCGACGAUUGUUAUGCAAAAGACUAUCAAUCCUGAAACUCAGCGUCCUUACACCAUUAGUAUGAUUGAGAGGCUAAUGCAUGAAAUUCAUUUCGCUGUUGAUCCCCAUAGUAGCUCCAAGAAACAGGCUCUUGAGGUUAUUCGUCAGCUUCAGAAGAACUUCCCUAUAAAACGGUCACCCAUGAGAUUACGACUCAUUGUUCCUGGACAAAAUUUUCAGUCUCUUUGUGAGAAGCUAAAUGAAUGGGGUGCUAUCACUGUUUCGAAAGAUGAAUCUGGAGCUCAGUUCUCAGUUAUUUGUGAAAUUGAACCAGGACUUUACCGAGAAUGUGAUGACCUUGUGAGGAAUUUACAGGGUAGAUUGGAAAUACUUGCAGUGUCUGUACAUGCCGAGGGGGAUACGCAGGUGGACAAUUAUGAUGAUGAGGACAUGUCAUCACAUCUACCGAAGGAUUCAGCUGAGUCAGCCUCUUCGCAGAUACCCCCGGAAUCUUCUGAUCUAGUCGUCCAACUAAGUGAGAAAAUGCAAAAACAAACCACCAUCUCUUCAGGAAAUGGGAACCCUGAAGGGGAGGCAAAGCAACAUAAGUGCAGCACAUGCAAUGUAUUUGUGGGGGACUCCAAACAGUACAGGUAUCACUUUAAGAGUGAAUGGCACAAGCAUAAUUUAAAACGCAAAACCAGGCAACUUCCUCCUCUUACUGCAGAAGAGUGCUUAGCCGAUAUGGAUUUGAACGACUCGAAAUCAGAUUUGCAGGAUUAUUCAUUUUGACUUGUGGCUAAAACUUAUGGGGAAGGUGCGUAUACCAUUUAUUUUCUCUUACAAUCUUUUGUUGUUUCUACAGCUGGACAUGAACUCAGUUGUAAAAAUUUGGAUUCAUAUUACAUGGUAUUGCUCGGAUUUAGGUAGGUGUGAGUAUUAGAUAUGGAUUUUCGAGUGACAGUAUUAGAUAUGGGUAUAUUUAAAGGGCCUUGGAGCA